AGUAUAAAAAUGGAGAGCAUCUUAUCAAAUAACUUUGACAUUCAUGGAAAAUCUUUUGACGUUGAUCUAAACGAGAGUAGAAUCUUUUGGAGAUCGGAUCACGAAGGAGAAGAGAUUGGCGAGAAAGUUAUUAUUGAAAAUAUUUUAUCAGCUGACAGAAUUGAUGUAACCAAAUUCAUAUUACACUAUAUCGUUCAUUUGGAUGAAAAAAUACAUAAAUGGGAUGUAGCUCAUGUGCAAUUUUCCUGUCAUUCCUCAGAUGUUUGUAAACUUUGGGUUGAUUCUUUACAUAACAUUGUAAAGAAAAAAAAUUCUGGUAUAAGACCUAAGAAUCUGUUAGUUUUUAUAAACCCUUUAGGUGGUAAAGGAGCAGGUAUAAGGGUUUAUGAGAAACUUGUCGCACCACUCUUCCGCUUGGCAUCCAUUAAUGCAGAUGUAAUCGUUACAAGAUAUCGAGGUCAUGCUAGAAAGAUGCUACAAGUUUACAAUCUGGAUGCAGUAGACGGAGUUGUAUCUGCUGGAGGUGACGGUUCUUUUACAGAAUGCUGUAAUGGUUUAAUCAGCAAAGCCAUGAUUCUUUCGAACAGGAAUGAGCACCAUUCCGACGUUGAAUUCGUCCAAUCAAAGGUUAAAGUUGGAAUAAUUCCAACAGGAACUAAACAAGGCUCUGUCAGAAUGGCUAUUGGUACAGAUGACCCCGUUACAGCUGCACUUCAUAUAAUUAAAGGACAUUCAUUUUCAAUGAAAUCGUAUACAGUUCAUAAUGAUGGAAAGUUAAUAACUUGCGGUAAUUUAAUAUGCGGUCAUGGCUUUUAUUCCGACUCAGUUUUGGAAUGUGAAAACAACUUGUGGAUGGGCGAGGCAAGAUAUCCGUUUUCUCUUUUCAAGACCAUAAUGAAUCAUCGUAUUUUUCCCGCUGCUCUUGAAGUUUUACCGGUUAACAGUAAAGACUGGUUGAAAGUUUCUGGAGAAUUUAUUAAUAUAGAGAUGGCAGCUAGAGAUAUAUUUGGUCAUAAGGAAUUGGAGACGGCGCAUGGAGAGCCAAUAGCCUUUCUCCACCUGACGAGAAAGUGCAGUAGAAUUCAACAACUAAAGCACAUAUACAGAAUGUCCGGCUUUAAAUCGACUACCUACGAUUUUCCUUUCAUUGAAAGUCACGAUAUUGAAGCAUUUAGAAUGCAUUUAACACCAGAAGAGGAUGGUCUCACUGAAUUUUUAGAUUAUAUAAAUGUUGAUGGUGACGCCUUUCGUAUCACUCAUCCAAUAGUUGAUGUAAAAAUUCAUGGUAAUCUUAUUCAAGUUUAUGGUAUAGGCUUAUCGGCUAAGGAAGCUAUUAAAGAAUUAUUACAAUUCGUUGAUAUUGUUGAAUUAAAACAAGCUCUCUUUAAAGAUGACAUAUUAACUGCUUAUGAAUUUGACAUGAUUAUUAAGAAGAAUACUACAAGAGCCGAGAGAUGUCGAUCCUUAAUAUUGGCCGUAAGACAGAAAGGCUUCCCACCCUCUGUUUUAAGCGAUAUUUUAGAUAGGAAUCAUCCUGACCUGGCUGCCCUAAUUGAAAGAGAUUGGAAUUCAGUCGAAAGUAUGGAUGAAAAGUCGUUUAUGGACAUGAUUAAAGAUGAGGAGAAGAAAAGAUCAAUUAAAGAAGUUUCCAGCGAAUUAAGAAAGUUCUGCCAGAUCGAAAAUGAUAUGCAGCAGGAAUUGCGCGAAUUAAGGGAAAAAGUUCGUACUCUAUAUGAAGAACAUGAUGAAUUGAGGAUGUAUGAACAAGCUCAAAUAGAAUUAAGUGAAAUGAAGCAAAGGCAGAACACGAAAAUAGAGAAUUUAGUUCACCAACUAAGCAUGUCGAAAGAGAAAAUAGACAAGAUACCAACUUGCUUGUUAUUGGGUGAUUGCCAGACUGGGAAGUCUAGUCUGUUACAAAGGUUCUUCUACGAUACUUUUGACCAAAUCUACAUUCCAACCGUCUACGACGAAAUGACUGUUGAGACAACGAUUUACGAUAUUGAAAGACGACUACGUAUUAUUGACAUGGGUGGAGGCGAUCGUUAUUCUGCGUUAAGGCCAUUUAUUUACGAAAAAGCUAUUGCUGUAGCUUUGUGUAUCGACUUAACAAAUCCAACUUCUAUUACUCAAAUUGUCCAAAAAUGGUUGCCAGAUUUGCGUUGUUACAAUUCUCGAGCUGCAUGUAUGAUCCUAGGAUUAAAAACUGAUUUAAGAAAGGACGAAUCUGCUGUUGAGCGUUACUGUCAGUAUUAUGGCUUAGACACGGAGGAAUUUGAAACUCAUCAAAGGCAUAUUAUAGGAAAAUUAGUUGGAAAAGAUGGUGUUAUUAGCUACGUUGAAUGUUCAGCUCACGAUUACGAAUCUAUAUCUACAGCUUUAAAUAAUCUCUUUCAAAUAGCCGUAAAUUUUCACGAUUCUUCCGACGAUGAAAUUCGUUCAAGGUUUGGGAAUGCUCUAAAAAGAGUAUCGGACUGGAUUACUGUAGUCAAGAAAAGAUUUCAGACAAGUUUCGAAAGAUUACGAGUGUCGGUUAGAGAGAGAAUGGGAUGGCAACCAGAAUGGGUUUAG